AUGAGUCGAUCUAACGAGAACAAUGAAAAGAAACAUGUUGAGGAGGCAAUGAAAAAGACGAAAAAGGAAAACAGAGGUGAUGACGGUGGAAAAGAAGGAAUGGGAAAAGGAACUGAAGCUGAAACCGAAAAAAAUGGAGUUGAAAAAGGACAGAAGGAGAAGGAGAAGGAAGCUUCCGUGAUAAAUGACCCGGAAUCAAGUGAAAAAGUAGGAGCUGACGUUGGGAAGAAAAUGGAAAAUGCCAAAGAGAAGCCGCCUGAGAAAGAUCGGGCUGUCAAUUUUGCCCCAGAGUCAAAUGGAGGUGAUGUUGAAAAGGAAAUUGAGGAGAAGAAUAGCGAAACGAUAGGAAUGGACGGUCCGACAAAGAGUAUAGAGUCAAAUAUGAAGUGUAUAGAUGAUGACAAAAAACACGCUGAAUCUGUAAAUUCCGACGAAGCUGUCAACCUUGCUGCCAGCCCAGAUGGAUCUGACAAAUCGAACGAAGAGCUUAAUUGUGUCAGUGUCGCGUCACCAUCACCAGCGGAUAGGAAACAAUCUGUGAUUCUGGAAGACAUAGAUAGAACGCUUGACGAGCUACAGUAUCUAGCUGACGACGCAUAUCAAAUGGCCACCCAAAGUCCAGUGAAGAUGUUUGACAAGUUUUUAGAAUCCAAUUCCGCGUAUCUGAAGAAGUGCGAGACAGUGCCGGAAAAUCUAACAAGUCAACAAUUUUCGGAAGACGAAGAUGGAAUAUUGGAUGAGAUCGAGGAAGCUGUCAGAGACGCCGAGGACAAACUCUAUCUGCCGAAUCAUGUGAGCGCGGUGCUCGACACGGAGUUUAGUUCCGAUGAUGAUGGUUCCAGCGAUCGAUAUCCGGCACUUACCAAACUGGAUGAAUUAAGGCAGGAUGACAGUGGCCCGUCGACUUCGCUGCGCAACGUAGGCGGACAUCGAGUCCGUCAACGUGUAUCAAGCGAUCGUCGCUCCAUUAUCUCCGGUCACGAAAGAGCCAGAAGCAACGAUUCGAGAGCUACAAGCAUCUUCUCCUCGUCCAUCGCCUCUUUUCGCCGACCCAUCUCCCAUUUCUCAAUCGACAAUUCCUGUUUUGAUAUUGCCGACGCUCCAACCCAACGAUCCUUGAUGUGCACUCCGGUUGAAAAGCUAUUUGUGAAAAACUCUCGUUCUGCACCUGAGAUGCGUGUAAAUGAUACCAAGACUAAUCCAUUCCUGCCAUCACCUUCUCCAUCAAACGAUGCAACAACAACGACUAGCGAUCCCAGCGUCUCUUCCGAACUGUCCGUCGAGCAACCUACACAACCAUCUGUAGUCAACUUGAGACUCCGUUUGAGCGAGGGAUUGACUGAGACGGUUUCUCCAGUUUCAUCUCCAGUUAUGCAGUCAAAGGCUGCCAAGAAGAACAAAAACGAAAAUCAGCAGCUGCUCAAGAACUCGGCCAGCUCGCCAAAUAUGAAUUCGACAAAUCUCGUGGUCAACACCACGCGACCAGAAGAUGUAGAGGACGAGAUUGAGGCUUCAAAAUUGGAAAAUAAGCGGAAAUUCGAGGUGGUGACCGUGAAAAUCGGUAAAGUCGAGUUUGCAAAGGCACCAAAGAAACCUUUGUAUGUGAUGGCCAAGUUUGAUGGAAAAGAUGUUCAUAGAUCGUUGCAGCUUGAGGGAGAGAAUCUGUCCCACGAGUUUUCUGUGGAGACGACCGAUUCAUUCUCAAAUUUGCAUCUCGUCUUCCUCGAAGGAUCCAAAGCAAAAGUGGCUCGUCCCGUGGGAAAGGUGUCGAUUGCGAAGAAAGAGCUGGAGGUUGGAACUCCACUCGAACAAACCUUGAAACUGUGUCCUGUAUCCAAGUAUCCGGACUUUUGCGGUCAGAUUUGUGUGGAGAUUCGUCGCAGGGCUGGCGCCUUUUCAUUGAGAGUCGUCGACUACGGUGGAUUGAAGUUAAAAGACAACCAAACACUUCUUCUGCUAGUCUCCGAAGUUUCCAACUCCAGUGAAGUCGGCAAGCUACCCAUUGACACAGAGGAGAAGCGCAGCAAGGAAUGGUUAGAGAUGCCAUGUGGUGACGGAAUGCUCUCGCUGAAGUUUACGCUGUGGCAGGAUCUUCUAAAGGGUAUGAACUCAGUUUUUCACGGACAAGUUCGCGUCGACAUUGACGAGAAUUGGAAGUUGGGACCAGCCAAGUGGUUCUAUCUGCGACCGAAGGGUCAAGAGGAGACCGACGGUGGGAAAGUGGAGGAGAUUGGUGAGAUCACGUUGAAGACUACCUAUCAGGUGGACCAUAUUCUCAAGAUGAAGUAUUACAAACCUCUUCUGGAUCUUCUUUAUCAAUCCGGAGAAGUCCAACCACUUACCGCUUCCCUUGUCGCUGUUAUUGAGUCGCUUCCCAAAGUGGAGCUCACCCCGAUAUCUCGUUCUUUGGUUGAACUUCUCGCCCAAACCGAUCACAUUCGCCCGGUUCUCAGCUCGCUCUACGUCAACAGUAUCUUGAAAUGCCAGGACGAGAACACCUUGUUCAGAGGACAAUCAUUAUCUGGAAAGAUGUUGUUUGAAAUGCUGAUGACUUUCGGAAAAAUGUACCUGAUCUCAACACUAAAGCCAGUUAUAGAUAAAGUAUGUAACGCAGUCAUAAAAUUUGAAAUUAGAAAUUCCUCAUUCAAGAUCUUCAAAGAGCGCAAGAACUGUGAAGUGGACCCAUCUAGAGUGCUCGCCGGAGUUUCUGUAGAGAAGAACAAGAUCAAUCUUCUUGUAUAUUUCCAAAUGCUCUACGAGGCUGUUACUAGUAGCUCUGCCAACUGUCCACACAUCAUCAAGGAGCUCCUGUACGAUCUCCGUAAGGUUGUUGGAGAGCAUAGUGAACGCCCAGGAGUUCAACGUCUUGCUGUCUCCUCAUUCAUAAUUAUGCGUUUCUUCGCCGCCGCCAUUCUGAACCCAAAAGCCUUCGAAGUCCGCAAAGAUCUCCCAGACAAUCGUGUCUCCAGAACUCUUCUCCUUCUUUCCAAACUGCUACAGAGACUGUCGAACUGUAGUGUUAGCGACGGACCAUUAUCAUCAAAGGAAAUAUGGCUGAAUGGAGUUUUUGAGACAGUAACCAGCACUGAGCACAAGACUGUCAUGGCGAGCUUCCUGGACAACAUCUCACUUGUUGGAGAUCGUGUGGACCCACAAAGAUGCACGGUUUUCAAGUUUGGAAUGCUGAUUCAAGUUGAUCGUAACCGUAUGGGAUGGAAGAGGGUUCUUCAGGCAAAACGGCGAUAUGUUCAAUUGACGAGUACAGAAAUCAGCUGGCAAAAGGAUGCCCAUUGCCCACCGAAGGGAAUCAUUCUACUCACGGAUAUCAAAUCGGUUGCUGUGGAUAACAAACAUAUCAUCACAAUAGCCGCAGACCCAUUACCUAUCCAAUUUGAGGCACCGGGAGUUGUGGAGGCCAAUGACUGGUACUGUGCAAUUGAAAAACAACGAAACCGUGCUCUCCAUGGAGAUGAUGACGAGUCUGAAAAUUAUUGCACUGAUGCCGAACGCCACGUUGACAGAAUCCAUGCUCUUCUUUUCAAAUAUCGUGACACGAUGGUCGAGUGGAGAGACCAACUCCAAUCGGAUGCCGAGUUCGACGAGAAGACACCGGAACUGCUCAAAGCGAGCUAUGUCGUUGAGAGGGACCGACAAGCGCACAAAGAGUCCCUUAUUGCGACCCUUUGUGCAACCAUCGAAGUCACUGAUGCGAUUCAACGAGCCCAUGAAGAAUACGAGAAGGAGAACAAUGAGGCCGUGAAAAUUGAAGAAAUCGUGCCGGAGACUAGUCAAAAGUGA